AUGCCGACAGAGAAGCAGACAGACUGGGCUGCCGACAGAGAAGAGGACAGACUGGGAUGCCGACAGAGAAGCAGACAGACUGGGCUGCCGACAGACAAGCGGACAGACUGGGCUGCCGACAGAGAAGCGGACAGACUGGGCUGCCGACAGAGAAGCAGACAGACUGGGCUGCCGACAGAGAAGAGGAUCGACUGGGCUGCCGACAGAGAAGCAGACAGACUGGGCUGCCGACAGAGAAGCGGACAGACUGGGCUGCCGACAGAGAAGCGGACCGACUGGGCUGCCGACAGAGAAGCGGACAGACUGGGCUGCCGACAGAGAAGCGGACAGACUGGGCUGCCGACAGAGAAGCGGACAGACUGGGCUGCCGACAGAGAAGCGGACAGACUGGGCUGCCGACAGAGAAGCGGACAGACUGGGCUGCCGACAGAGAAGAGGACAGACUGGGCUGCCGACAGAGAAGCGGACAGACUGGGCUGCCGACAGAGAAGCGGACAGACUGGGCUGCCGACAGAGAAGCAGAUAGACUUUUUUCCCCCCUGA